AAUACGUCUAACUGCGUCAGACUCGGUGGACGUCUCCAAAAUCUCACCGCCAGUCCCGCCAUGUCUUUCUUCUCCCGUCUGUUCAAGAGGAGCGGCUCCGAAGAUUAUGAGCAAAUCCUUUCCACCCUAGCUGCGGACGUGCAGAAGCGACAGACGCGUCUCGCCGAGAUCCGUCUUCGAGAGCGACGCACGACACUGCACUUCACGCUUGGGACGAUCCUAAUUUGGUUCGCAUAUGUCAGUCUGUGGUAUACGCGGACCCUCCCACAGACGUGGCGCGAGUCAGGACCAGGAAAGGCGGCGGUGUUGGUUGGACCUAUAUUGAUUCUGUUUGCGAGGCGGAUGAUGCAGAUAUGGUAUUCAUGGAAAGGGGGCCGAGAAGAGAGGACACUUAUGGCAGUACUAAAGAAACAACGUACCAAAAUCGAGGAAAUUAAGCAGAAGACGAACUACUAUUCUACUCGAAACCUGAUCGAAAAGUACGACGAGUCACCGUCAUCGUCCACCCCAAAUGCCACGCCAUUACGUCGCCGGAAUGUCGCUGCUAGUGUGCCUCCGACACCCUUGACAUUGCAAACCCCAUCGUCGCAACAGUACCCGGCAACCCCGAAUCGGCGGACAGAACCGUCCGCCUUGCAGUUAUCUCCGAUACCGCAGCCGAUACAAGCGACGCGAAAGCAGUGGUAUGAUAAACUUGCUGAUGCGAUAUUGGGGGACGACGAGUCGUCUGAGAGCGUGGCAGCUUCACGAUACGCACUCAUCUGUCAAAAGUGUUUCGCGCACAAUGGCCUCGUGAAGGAAAGCCAAUGGGAGGAUACGCGUGAGCUACACCUUCAACCCUCUGAACGCAGUUGCCCUUCUGAUGCUAACCUCAUGUCGAUUUCAGAGUAUAUCUGCCCCAAGUGUGGCUUCUUCAACCCUUCGGCGAGGUCUAAAAAGCAAAGUGCUUCUCGCACACCUUCAUCCGCCUGACACGUCCACUCCUUCGUCUGUUCGAUCGGUAGAGCACAAGCCGUCAACUUCGAACUCGAAACCGCGAUUAUCUGAUCCUCAUUCGGUGCCGGAAGAAGCGAUGGAAGUGGACAGCAAGUGAUUCGUGUCGUUUCCGUGGCUAUUUUCAUUAUCCGAGAUAGGAAUAAGUCACUUUUCUAUGUGGCUUUCCCCCCCGUUUCUUGUUUUUGGUUUGUCACUCGCCUUUGUUGGCUUUGUAGGCAUUUUAAUCCUGGAUACUUGAUAGAUCUCGCAUUCAACUGAGAAUAACUUGUAGCUUAGGCUCAUGGAAUGAACAGAGAGUGUACGUCAGUCACCUAAUAAGGCCGACCAGUCCCAGUGGGUAUCUGCAUCGUCGUGUAACUAGGCGACAUGAUUGCGCAUGAUGGAGGAGUCUAAACUAGAUACUUCACGCAUUGACCAUACUUCCGUCGUGACAGAAAUGAAACACGCACUCUAGUUUUUUUUGGGGGG